GGCCAGCCAACGAGGCGAGCCAGGCAAGAAGCAGGACUGAAAAGUGGGAUGGGAGCUAACGAGUGUCUCAGUUAAGUGUUAACGCCCGCUGGUGGUUCAUUUGUGUAGAGCGGAGCUGACGAAACUCAUGAAGCCGCUUUGAGACUCACUACGUCCGGACACAGAGAAGCCCUGCUCAGCGGGGGUCUGGAAAAUGGGAGCGGUGAAGUGAAGUGGAAAAACGGUCAAAAGAAGAGCGCGGACACUCUGCAUGAAAGAAACCGCCCACGGUGUGUCACCACUCAACUGACUGCACAAUGUCACCCCAAGCUCGGACAACUUUAUCAGGCAUCAUGCAAGACUGUGACAUCCGCGGGGGCAGUUCAAUUAUCGAUUCAUUGAAGAACAUGAUGGCGCUCUUGCUUUGGCUUGGUCUGCCGUUGCUGGUGGCGGAUGUCUGGUCCACCUCCGUCAAGAACUGCCACCCGGGCUGCCGCUGCGAAGUAGAAAGCUUCGGCCUGUUUGACAGCUUCAGCCUGACCACGGCAGACUGUCGAGGGUUGGGCCCCGGGGCUGCCAUGCCCGUGCCCAUACCGCUGGAUACUGCUUACCUGGAUCUGUCCUCCAACGCCAUGGGCCCCCUCACAGACACCAUCCUGGCUGGGCCGGGCUACACCACCCUUGUUAGUUUGGACCUUAGCAGUAAUCACAUUACAAUGGUAAGCCCCAAUGCUUUGUCCAAGCUGCGUUAUCUGGAGACUCUGGAUCUGAGCCACAAUGACUUGGAGGGCCUCUCGCAGGGUUGCUUCUUUGGCCUUCCUCUGGCUGAAGUAGAUCUCAGCUACAACAACUUCCGGGACUUCAACAUGGACGUGUUUGUGUCUAAAGUAAAAGGCAAACCCGUCAGCGUGGACCUAUCACACAACAAGCUGGUGUCUAUUUCCACAACACCGCACGGAAAACUUGUACACAUUCAGACCUUGAACCUGACAGCAAACCGUCUUUCGAGCGUACCAAGACUGGCGGGACUUGAGAUACUGAGAUACCUCAAUCUGGACAGCAACCCCAUUAUUGCCAUUCAGAAGGGAGACUUUGUUCACUUGACAGAUUUGGUUUACUUGUCCCUCAGCAGUCUUCAUCAGCUUCAGAAAAUCGAAGCCCACAGCUUUGAGGGCCUGCAGAGCCUCCAAGUGUUGGAUCUCUCCAACAAUCCCAAUCUGAAGACACUAAGCCUGUCUGUUUUCACCGGACUGGACUCGCUCCAGGAGCUGAAUUUAUCUGGCUCUGGAGUGACGUCCUUACCGUGGGACAUGCUCUCUCCCCUCCCCGCCAUAAAAAGUAUUAUGCUAGGACAGAACAUCCGCUGCUUGAGGACCCAGAAACAAGGGCAGUUUCACAGGCAGCUGGGUCAGACCCAACACUAUGAGGUACUCAACUGCAACCGCAAUGGCAUUGUGUUGUAAUCCUGAACAUACGGUCCAGUCUGUUCUUUAGUCUUUAUACCAGCACUGUGCCUUCCAAUCGCAUACAUACCUCUUCCCCAAGCUUUAAGAGGUGUCACCUUGCCUUUAAUGGAUGAUGGGCAUGAAAUGGUCACUAUGCAUUCAAAGCAUAAUGUCAUAUUAACAUUCUUCAUCUGAACACGCAUUAGCAAUGUGUUUGGACUUAUUUUCCUCACAAAAAAAGUAGGCCAAAGGUUCUUUAUAGAACUGCUGGUUAUGUCAAUGGGACACAGCUUUUACCAACACAUUAAGGCAUUAUUUUAGCCAUUUUUGAAGAUUAUUAAGGAUCUUGCUGCUGUUUUGAGUUAGACGCUAAUCAGAAAGCAUAAGACUUCUUAGCCUAUAGUAAGUUAAAGACUGCAUUAGCUUACGUAUGAAACAACAGGUUCCACACCUCACAACUACUGCAUUCCCAGAGCUCGGCAUCGUGCAUAAUUAGUUUCUUACAAUGCUAAAUUAAGAUAGCUGACAAGUUCAUAAAGGUCUAAAUAAUUAUGCGACUUAAAGCAGGGGUUAAUGAAUAAUAAUAUCACCACAGUUUGCUUCGAUAGUGACUGGAAACCAAUCUAAUUGAUUUUGAAGAACCUGUCAAAUACAAAAACGUCAACUUGUAAGCCAACUCGUGGACACGUCCGUAUGUGCGCUUUGUUGCAUAAGGUCACCCACAUUCCCUUUGACAAAGUGGCUACCUAUAUUUCAUGACAUGUGAGAGGAAAACUAUCAGGGACCACAUUGACCACACUUCCCUUUUACUGUCUCCAUUAAAGCAUUACGGAUGAGAGAUGAACCCUUUCCUGUGGACUGAAGAAAUGGCCAGGUUCAAGACUAUUUUUGAAUGUCAACAAAGCAUAACGAGGUUCUGGCUUUAAAAGUGUCAUGUCCUUGUGCUGUAAAUACAACCAGAUCACGUACAAUCAAAGAUCCAGUGCAGAGAUUUAUAUUUGUAUGGACAUGCUGUAUUUUUCCAAAUGUGUAAUAAAUCGAGAUUUCUCUCUCUCUUCUGUCUGA